AUGGUAAAUUCAGAUGCUUUAAGAUGGGUUGAUUAUAUUCCCCCAAAACAAUGGACUAUAGUGUAUUCUCAAGGUCGACGAUGGGGACACAUGACAACAAAUAUUGUCGAGUUAAUAAACGCUGCCAAGAUCUCCUUUAUUCAAAUGCUUAAAGCUCUUAUGCCUGUUGUCGUUUACUCCAUCGGCGUUCUUUUGAAAAAAGAAUCUUACAAAAACGACACCAUGUUUAACAUGUUAUCCAUUUCUCUUGGCGUUGGUGUUGCCGCAUAUGGUGAAGCUAGGUUUGAUACAUGGGGUGUUAUUCUUCAAUUAGGUGUUGUUGCUUUUGAAGCCACCAAAUUGGUUAUGAUUCAAAUCUUGCUUACAUCCAAAGGGAUUUCAUUGAAUCCUAUUACAUCUUUGUACUACGUUGCUCCUUGUUGUUUCGUUUUCUUGUCUAUUCCUUGGAUCCUUGUCGAGUAUCCAAUUUUGAAACAGACUUCCACUUUUCAAUUUGAUUUUGUUAUUUUUGGGACUAAUUCAUUCUGUGCAUUUGCUUUGAAUCUUGCUGUUUUUCUUCUUGUUGGCAAAACUUCAGCUUUGACAAUGAAUGUUGCUGGUGUUGUUAAAGAUUGGCUUUUGAUUGCGUUUUCUUGGUCUGUUAUUAAGGAUACUGUUACACCCAUUAAUUUGUUUGGGUAUGGACUUGCUUUCUUGGGUGUGGCUUAUUAUAAUCAUUCAAAGUUGCAGGCACUUAAGGCUAAAGAGGCACAGAAGAAGGUUUCACAACCUGAUGAAAAAACUGGAAGGUUGCUUGAAGAUAGAGAAGGAGAUGGAUCAGGGAAGAGAAAUGAUAAUCAGAAUUGAUUUCACUUUUCUUUUGCUUACUUUAAUUGAAGAACAAUGA